AUGGCAGGCAGGAACGUUGUGUACGAAUCUGUGCCCAAGGAUGAGAAGCGCGAAGAGCUUCAAAAACCACCGGAGCGUCCAAAAGGGUUAGGGAUACGGCACCUACAGACGGUAAUACUGUUCAUAUGCCUAACCAUUGCGUACACCAUCAGGUCACAACUCAGCGUCCUCAUGGUAGCUAUGGUCAGGGUACAGGACCCUCACUGCGCAUUCCCUGAUGGAACUCGGAAUAUUUCCGAAGGUUGUGUCGAUCCCAAUGCAAACAUCAGCAGGUGGAACAUUUAUCGCACAUAUGACUGGCACAAGUCGACUCAGGAGAUGAUAACUUUUUCCUUCUUCGUGGGGUACACCAGUAUGAUGAUCCCCAUGGGACUCUUGGCUCAGAAAUAUGGAGGAAAACUACCAAUUAUGUUCGCUUUGGCUGUUAACGGGGUCAUUUCUAUUUGCACACCUUGGAUAGCUUUACUGGGAGGUUGGAUCGCCAUGUCAGUAAGCAGACUAGCGCUGGGGAUGACACAGGCAGCCAUGUAUCCUAGUAUUCAUACCUUGCUGGCCAAGUGGGCACCACUUCGAGAGAGAGGCAGACUUAGCACUUAUAUUUAUACAGGUUCUCAAGCUGGCACAAUUAUUGCCUUUCAACUGUCAGGCCUCUUUGCUGGCAGUCCAAUCUUAGGCUGGCCCGUGUCUUUCUGGUUGUUUGGGAGUCUGAGCCUCCUCAGUUGUGCUCUCCUUGGUUGGCUCGGAGUCGCCAGUCCUCAUCAGCACCCAUCCAUCACUACCGAGGAACUUGCUUAUAUCAUGGAAGAUGGGGCCGUUGAUAUUGUGCCGAAGAAACGCAAGACUCCAUGGAAGCACAUCCUCACAUCAAAGCCCGUGUGGGGUCUGAUAGUGUCCCACGCAGGUAGCGCUGCUAGCUACUUGCUCAUCCUCACCGAGAUCCCCCUCUACAUGAACCACAUCUUACACGUUGAUCUCAAGAGGCUAUGGCUGGUUCAGGAGUAUUUUUGUUCGCGUUCAGCUUUAUAA